GCGUUGGUGCCGAAUGGUGGUCGUGGAUGAAGAGGACAGUGAACACUCGGUGGAAUGUCUUUUUUUUAGACCUGUGGACAUUCCGUACUUUCUAAAAAGGGGCGUGUCCUGUAGGACCAGGAAACGAUGACGCAGAUUUGGCGCGACGCUGCAGUGCAAACCGUCGCACAAUAAACCAACAUGGCCGCAAUCGGCGUCUGUAAACAGUGGACUUUUCUGUCAUGCGGUACCAAGUUGAUAGCAGCUCACGUCAAGCGGGAAAGCGAGCCAUUUGUGUUUGACUGUAGCACGGCUGAGAAAAAGGACAAACAGCCGCAGAGUGAUAACAGUCUCGCAGAGGAAACAGGAAGUGAUGAAGUGCUAGCCUUCACCAUUUCACCAUCUGGAAAACUAGUGGCACUAAUCGAUGACUCUAAACGUCUGGUCCUCUUUCGGUGUGAGCAUUCAUGGGAGUGUGUCAGCACCAGGUGGUUGGUGAGGAGGGGCACGUCGCUGGUGUUUACCAGGGCAGAAGACGAGGUGCUUGUGGCUGAUAAAUCGGGAGAUGUAUACUCCUUCUCAGUAGUGGACCAGGAGAGAGAUGGCGAGCUGAAGAUGGGGCACCUAUCCAUGGUCCUAGCUGUUACGAUGUCGCUGAAUGAUAAGUACAUCAUCACCGCUGACCGAGAUGAAAAAAUACGAGUGAGCCACCUGAGAUCGCCAUACAACAUACAGUCUUUCUGUCUAGGACAUCAACAGUUUGUUAGCUCUCUUGUAGUCCCAUCAAGCCAUCCGAACUGGUUGCUGUCAGGAUCAGGGGAUGGGACCAUGAAGCUGUGGGAGUAUACUUCUGGGAAGAAACUGCAUAGUUGGGACCUGAAGGAGCUUCAAGAGACGUUUGGCUCCCACUCAGAGAAAACGCCAACUGUUUGCCAAAUAAGCAGCUCUCCUGACGGCUGUCACGUGGCUGUACUCUGUGACAGGGUAUCAAUCAUUCAGUUUUUCACACUGGACGAGGAUGGUGAAGAAAAGAAACUUGUACCCCACAGCAGGUUGACCCUGCCCUGCUGCCCUCUGGAUAUGACCUUUGACCCAGAAGGUCGCCUCUGGGUGCUGAUGGAUUCCUGUGAAGAACUGCUCCAAAUCUACAAGCUUGAACAAAGCUCCUGGAAGUGUGAAGCUGACAGCGCUGAAGUCAAAAGAGCGAGCGAGGCCUUCAAGCCACACUGGCAAAAUCUUAAUGCUUCAAGUGGGACAAGCAGCCGCUUUGAGCACCUGUACAAGGUGACGUUUGAUAACGUGACCGACUACCUGGAGAAGAAGCAGCAGCGACUGGAGGAGCAGCAGAAGAGGAAGAACACGGGACAGAAAGAAGGUGACAAGAAGAAGGCCAAGAAAGACUUGUUGGGAUCUGUAACAGCCUUGUCGUCCAUCAAUUAAUUCAAGCAUUUAUUUGACUUCUUUCCAGUCAGAGCCGUGAAGUUAAGAACACGGCAUCAUUUUCCUUGCCUUAUGUAUUCAUUUCUCACACAUUUUUCUGAAUCUAAAAAUAAACUUUGUUUCUGCUGAAAA